UUGCACUGUUUCGUUGGUGAGAAGAUUAAAGGCAUCUGUGUCUCCUAGGGAGGAAACGUUGGUGUCACAAGACGGUCCAAGAUGGAUGGCCCAUUAACGACAACACAAUUCUUCUAUGAUUAUGGUGGAGAACCCUGCCAAAAAAUUGACGUCCAACUCACUGGAGCACAACUGCUGCCACCCCUCUACUCGUUGGUGUUCAUCUUUGGCUUUGUGGGAAAUGGUCUGGUUGUUCUGAUCUUGAAAAAAUACAAGAAACUGAAAACCAUGACCGACAUCUACCUCCUCAACCUGGCUAUUUCUGAUUUACUGUUUCUCUUCACCCUCCCGUUUUGGGCUUACUAUGCGGCAGACCAGUGGCUCUUAGGGGAUGCCGCAUGUAAGAUCUUUUCCGGACUUUACUAUUUGGGCUUUUUCAGUGGCAUCUUUUUCAUCAUCCUGUUGACCGUGGACCGGUACCUGGCGAUCGUCCAUGCCGUGUUUGCUUUAAAAGCCAGGACCGUCUCCUGCGGCGUGGUGACCAGUGUCUGCACCUGGGCUGUGGCCCUGUUAGCCUCCGUUCCCGGGUUCCUCUUCAACAGAUCCCAGAAGGCGGAGGACCGUUACGUCUGCAGCACUUACUUUCCGAUGGGCCAGGAUUUGGCUUGGAAGAUUUUCCAGACUUUACAGAUGAACAUCUUGGGACUCGCCGUGCCGUUGCUGGUCAUGAUCGUGUGCUACACGGGAAUCAUUAAAACGCUGCUGAGGUGUCGGAACGAGAAGAAGAAGCACAAGGCGGUCAGGCUCAUUUUUCUGAUCAUGCUCAUUUACUUUCUUUUCUGGGCCCCCUACAACCUUGUCCUUCUCCUCAACACUUUCCAAGGCUUCUUCGGCCUGAACAACUGCGACAGCUCCAACAGACUCGACCGAGCGAUGCAAGUGACGGAGACACUGGGAAUGACCCACUGCUGCAUCAACCCUGUGAUUUAUGCCUUUGUGGGCGAAAAGUUUAGGAGAUACGUUUCUCUGUUUUUCCAAAAGCAUAUUGCCAAGUGCUUCUUCAAAAGCUGUCCCGUGUUUUACAGUGAGACAGCCGACCGGACGAGUUCCACUUAUACCGCAUCCACUGGAGAACCGGAAUUCUCUGCGGGUUUGUAAAAAGGAGGUUGCAUUUUUUAUUUUUUCAAAGCCCUGCACUGUUUGCCUAAAACCUGGAGAAAUGCACAAAAAGAAGCCUUUGGGUUCUGGACACAAAGAUGCCUUCCCCGUGUGCCUGUCAUGAUGUCCUGAACAACUUUUAGCCACAAUAUAUUUAGCACAUCACAAGGAAAACAUUUCAGUUCUCAAGUGACUUUUCGUCCUUAAUACGUCACUUAAAGGAAGAUGGCUUCAGCUUCUUGUCCUCUGCUCCACUCUUCCCCAAAUACACUUACUGCAAACACUCCUUUUCCAUUCCUGAGAAUUCUUUGGAGUGACAGGACUGGGUGAUUUCAUGCCCAAGACAAUAGCACCCCUCCUCUCCAUUCUGAGUGUGUUCCUCAUGCCCCUCCUCAAACCAUAGUUUCUCUGGGAGAUCUGUAAGAGUCUUAGCCUGGCAUGAUGUCUCUGCCUACUUGCUGGCUGAUGUUUGUGACUGAGUUUCCUCAUUUUCACAGCAGCCACUCUAGAAUGGGAUCAGGAUCUGAGUCUGGGGCAGUUGAACCAAAACCAGCCCUUGGAAUGACCCAGGACACAUUUUCCAUGACCAGAUUACUGACCUGGGGGUUUAAAACAUCCCUAUCAGACCUCUCCACUUGUGGAACUCCAGGGAAGGAGCUGAGAGGUGGGAUGGGAGAUAUUUGGGAGGCAGAAUGAGCUAGUUGAGCACUAGAACGAUUUCCAAAUCCUCAGCCCCAGACUUUGUUCUGAGUUCCAUCAUUGAUCCAGACAGGAGACCGUGGGAUUGCUGAGAUAGAAGUUAGCUCUUCUUUUUAAACUUCCACACCCUAUGAACCUGGGGGUCCCAGAAGACAGCUUGCCUAGAACUAAUGCCCACACCUCCUGAGAAUCAGUGAAAUCCCCUCAGGAUCUCUAUCUCCAGGGUCUGUAUUGCUCUCAGGUUGGGAUGGAGUCCAGAAAGUAUGAAUCCUUCACAGCUAGAAUAAUAAGCUUUGCAGGCAAUGGGAGAGGCAUGCCAUCAGUGGCCCCAAACACUGUUUCAAGCCCCCAUCCAUGGGUGAGAAGUGGUGGGUGAAAGAAAGGAGGCCCGCUAGGGUGGUCAUUCAUCUGGUUUUAUAUAUGGGCAGUCAAGUUUUGUCUCAGACAGUCUGGUUUUUGGCUGGUCUAUCCCCUGACCAAUACCAAUGUGGCACCAGAUGAUUUUACAUCUGGUACUUUCAUUUUAAGAGUUCAACUUCCCUCUGUCUCAGCACCUGGCACCUAGGUCUGUGGCUCAAAAGUGGCACCCCUAUUCAACAGGAAAAGUCAGAAAUCUCCCACAGAAAUGCCUAAGUUCAGGCAGACUUGGGUAUACUUUCUCAAAAUGGUGUGUGUGAUGUCACUGCAUCACACUUUGCUCCAGGUGGAGGAUGCAUACAAUUACAUCAGUCUGAGUAUCCAGCAUUCACUUUUCCUACACUGGCCACCUUAAAACCAUCAGGUUGAAGAAGAUUUGACAAUGUGGAUGUCCAGUCGGUCAAUGCUCAUUUCCUUUUGACCCACACAAUUGCGUUUAAUCAAAUGUUUUUGACCCGUUGCUUUUAGAACCCUAAUUUUUGAGUUGAUUUUAAAAGACAGGGAAAAUAUUUUUGCAUAAUCAAGAAAGAGUUCAAAAGUAUGCAAAUUGUACUACACAUCUUCCUCCCACCUAGACUGUGAGCCCCCUGUGGGACAGGGACUGUGUCUGACCUGAUUAACUUGUAUCUACCCCAGUGCUUAGUAAAAUGCUUGACCCAUGGUAAGCAUUUUAACAAGCACAAUAAUAAUAAUACACAAUACAUAUAUAAUAAGAGCACCCUUCCCUUUUCCGAGGAACAGUCGGUGCCUUUCUAAUGAAAACACCAAUUCCUCUUUGGACGUUAUUUCAUUUACUCCUGCUUCUUUGACUGUGAUCCCUAUCUGGGACAGGAACUGUGUCCAAUCUAUCCCAGUGCUUAGUACAGUGCUUGGCACAUAGCAAGUGCAUAUGAAUCCCAUAAUUUUUUAUCCACAUUAUGCCCUUUAAGGCUAUUGGAGACCAUGGAGAAAGGGCAGUCCCCCAACAGAGUGAAUGGGUGGGGCCCAUAUUAUUGAGGGUCAGAAAGGGAAUUGGUGGAAAGGGAAGCCAUUAGGUACCUAUAAUCCACUCAAAAAGUUUGUGUGGGAAUGUGAGUUCAGAGAGAGGGAGCCUCACUGCAUGGUGUUGAGCUUUCCAGAAAAUAACUGUCUGCCAAUAAAUCCUCUUGCCUAGAGAAAGUGGAGUUAUCAUUAAUAAUCAGAUCUUCAUUAAGAUUGCUUGAUUACCCAGAUAAUCCAUAGCCAAUAUAUACACUUAGAUUGCAAUUAUCUGGAAAUCUCAGACAAAACCUUCCCUUUCACCUAAAAUGUCUCAAUAAUUAAGGCCAGACAAAUUCUUUUUAUGGUAUUUGUGUCUUACCAUGUGUAUCAAACACUAUUCUGAGUGCUAGGGUAGAUACAGGUAAAUAAGUCCCUGUCCCAUAUGGCACUCACUGCUCAAAAUAUAAUCUGCUGGAAAAGAUACACCCUAGGUGAUAUGUAAAUAUGGACAGAUUUCUAAUUGAAUAUUCACUCUUUUGCAGCAUAGGUUCAGAGAAAGUUUCAGAAAGAAGGAAGAAGAAAAUUCACAACUACAUGGUUUUGAUGACUAUAUAACAUAGAUUCAGUAGAAAAAUUUGAAAUGAGUAGUCGCAUUAUGAUUAGGAAAAAAAUCAGAUUACGAUUGUCUCUUUUCAUCACUGAAGAUGUACAUUAAAUGUGUAAAUAAAUGCAUUUUUGAAAAAUG